AUGCAGCCAAACCAGCGUCAGGUUGGUCAGUUGCAGGGAAACCAGCAGCAGACGUACCUCCAAUCGCAACAGAAUCAGCAGUUACCGUAUGCCCAAGCGCAAAGCCUUCAACAGAAUCCCUCAUAUUCCCAACAACAACAAAGCUUGUCACAGGGAAUGCCACAGGGAAUGUCGCAGGGAAUGCAGAGAGGUGUCGUCGGUCAGGUCCUCACUCCAUACAAUAUCAGCCAAAGCGCCCUUACCAUACUGACCAUUGGGGUCAACAACAAUACGCUAAGAAUCGGUCAACUGGUGGAUACCACAACAAUAUCGAGAUCGACAGCGGGUGUAACGAUUCAAUUUCAACUUCGUGGUUAUUCGAAUCCUCAGUUUGCUCUGCCAAACGGAUGGACAUGCGUUUGCCCUGUCGGGUACAACUGUAGCUAUCUGAAAAUUCCGCCCACCUGCUACUUCAGUUUCACGUUCAUCAUCUCUGCUCCAGACACGUCCGUUCGCGGUAACCUGGCCACCGCACCAACUCUUGUUCACAUGGGACACGCAGAGUGGCUUCACUUCCCGAACGCCUCACGAUUGCCUGGGAUCAAAACUAUGUUAUGUCAACACUACCGACUAAAACCGGUAAGGCCCUACCCUAUAGUCGCUUUUUGUUACCCUCUGUACCCCUGCAAUUUUCAGUCUGCAAUCGACAUUUUCGCGCACAAUCUUGGAGCAGUGAUUAACCAGGCUGAUGGGACGUUAGUGAGCGACGACACAUUGACUCAUGCCGACACAUUUGUAGUGCCAUUGUCAGAUGCACUACCAGCUGUUGGCGGAGUGCAAAGCAUGUCACAACAACAUACCUACCAGGGGAAACUCCUUGGAAACCCACGUGAGUUACAGAGCCAAUUCAACAGCGACACCUGUAGCCGUGGCUCUCUGAUUGGCCCAGAUUGUGAUUUAACCUGCAAUCAGUCAGCGAUAAGUUCCAGUGCAGCUGCUUGCCGCUCAAACGCAACUGGAUUCUUCUAUGUCUGUAAUUACCAGUCAGGAGGACAGGUGGACAAUUGCAAAAGUUGCCCAUGGGGAAUCAAGGAAGACACCUACUGUCAGGAUGAAGGAGGUGGUGUACUCGACCCUUAUCACUCCGGUGUUGUGGGCACUGGAUUCCGCACUGCGACCAUCAUCUUAUCGGUCAUUGUUCUGGUCUUCCUUAUCCUCCUCCUCUUACUACUAUUUGCUGUGUGCAUACUACUACGUCGUAGACGGCCUGUGGAAAAGGAGAUGACCACAUACGAGCAGAACGGUUACACCGCUUCAACUCCAUCUUCACGUCCACUGCUGACCGCUGCUUACCGAGCUGAACAACCGACGCCACAACCACGCUCCCAACCGCCCAGUCUUGAGGCUCGACCCAUAAAGUCGUCGAUCCGUAAAGCGAUGUCGCCCCCAGAGCAAUACAAUGACAGCCGUGACACGAGUUUCAACAGCGAUUCGCCAUUGGGAGUGAGACAAAGCCGUAGUGCGGUCGUCUAG